CUGAAAGACAGACAUGAACCAUGAACCAUGAACCAUGGAUGACUGCGACCCAUCAUCCUGUUACGCUUCCCGCAAGCUUGGUUUCUGUUCCUUAACUUCUUCAAUCUCAGGCCUGCGGUCGGUGGCUGUUUCUCUCGCUCUCAUUCGCCCGACACGCACACCCCCUUCCACCUCUCCCCCAAGUCCACGUGCAUGUGUGACAAAUACCUGUUACCUUAGGCAUGGAAAGGAUCUCGACCCCAGCAGAUCAUCCCAUGAACAAGGCUGCUCCACCGCAUGGGGACACCCGCGGAUCGAUCUAUCAGAGUCCGAGGCCUUGCAUCAUUUUCACCAGCUCCAGCGUCGGGCUUGCAGGGAACACGCUGCUGUUUGGGGGUUACGCUCCGGAGAGGCUUUCCCCCUGCCACAUGGUUGGCAUCUGCAUUUUGACUACUAGACCACUUUGGGACCGGGCUUUUUUGGUUGACCCUCUGUCCUAACUGUUUUCUCGUUUGUUGCUCCUGCAUUGG